UUCAUGGGCCACCUGGCCUACCAGUGUGACCUGAUCCUGAGUGAUUCUCGACUGAUGGACACACUGCGCGGGGAGUCCUUCGAUCUGGCCAUCCUGGAUGCCUUCAACCCCUGCUCUUUCCUGCUGGCCAGCCUGCUGGGCCUGCGCUACGUGGCCUUCUACCCUGGCACCCUCAAUGGCCCUCUCUCCAUCGGCCUGCCGAGCCCGCUCUCCCACGUCCCAGUCUUCAGCUCCCAGCUGUCCGACCGCAUGGGCUUCUGGGGCCGCCUGAAGAACGUGGUGUGGGCCCUGUUCGCCCCCGUGGCCGAGGGGCUGGUGCAUGGCCGGUUCAGGCAUGUCGGGGAGCGCCACUUCUCCGAGCCCCCCUCCCUCCCUCAGCUGUAUGGCCAGGCUGAGCUCUGGGCCUUCAACACUGACUUCUCCCUGGAGUUCCCCCAGCCUAUCAUGCCCUACACUGUGUGCAUUGGUGGGCUGCUGUCCAAGCCGGCCGCUCCUGUGUCUCAGGAGCUAGAAGAUUUCAUCUCAAGUUGUGGUGAGGAGGGCUUUGUAGUGGUGACGCUGGGGUCCAUGCUGUCCUCUGUGGCCCUUGAGGAGGUCCUGCAGGAGAUGAACGCGGGGUUUGGGGAGGUCCCUUACGGGGUUAUCUGGAGGUACCACCCCUCACGCUGGCCACCCCACCUGCAACCCACACCAAAUGUGAAGCUGGUGGAGUGGCUGCCCCAGAAUGACCUGCUGGGGCACCCGAAGGCACGUCUGCUGGUCACCCAUGGUGGCCAAAACAGCAUCCUGCAGGCGGUAUACCAUGGAGUCCCUGUCCUGGGAGUCCCUCUCUUUGGGGACCAGUUUGACAACCUGGUACGCAUUGAGACCAAAGGCCUGGGGCUGAUCCUUAAACCCACAGAGCUGCAAAGAGAGCAUCUCAGCUCUACAAUGCAGAGACUCAUAGGGGACAGGAGCUUCAAGGCAUCGGCGAUGGCGCUUAGCAGGAUCCACCGGUCCCAGCCCCUCUCCCCGGGGUCCCGACUGGUGCGCUGGGUGGAACACAUCCUGAACUGCGGAGGGGGGUCCCAUCUGCGCCCCCAGUCGCUCCAGCAGCCAUGGUAUCAGCGCUGGCUGCUGGAUGUGGGGGUUUUCCUGGGCAUGGUACUGGUUGUGAUCCUGCGGCUGGGGGCCUUGCCGGCCCCCGAGCUCAGGAUGUUCGUCUACUGGCGAGCUUCAUUAGGUGACUGCCACCUGCGCACGCUGCGCCCCCUCCCCCUGUCCCUGUCCUGGCCAGACAAAGGCGUCCCUCACUCCCAUUGCGGUCACUGCCCUGGAGCAGCUGUCCCGUGA